CCCGGCAAGUUGAAUCAUUUUAUUUCAUGUUUAUUUUAUAGUUUGUUUUUCUAAUGCUGGCUUUUAUACAUGCAAGUCAAGAGUUCUACUGUUCAAGUGUGAUUCUAGUCCCAACUAAAGCCAUACAUUUAGGGUUAAAAAACGGUAUAACACAAUAGAUUAUGCUAGUGCAGAGGCAAGCCAGUUUCUUUGAGUUUGAGAACAGCCUGCUCUAUAUAGUGUGACUCUGCCUCAAAAAUAAAAUAAAAUAAAAUAAAUGAAAAGUUUAAACAAGCAUGUAACAUGAUUUUAUAUGUCUGACAAAAGGCAGUUUGUCUUGCUUCAAGUCCUAGCUUCCCUGUUUUCUACCUGUCUUUGUUGGACAAUUUAAUAUCUCUUGGCAUAAAAUGUGAUAAUUGAACCUUGCUUAUGACUAUUAGUAUUAAUAAGGAUAAUUCAUAGUCAUAAUAAGUAUAAGCUGCUGCCUAGUUAUUGUUAUUUACUUAUCUAUUAUUUCAGUUUUAGAAUAUUAUUUUGGCCUCAGUGAAACUGUGGCAAAAGAUAAGUGUGGCUUGAAUUGGGGUGCUGGAAACACUUUUUAAGACAUUCAGUAGGUGAUUAAAGCAUUAGAUGGUGGCAGACUGGUUGGCUGUCUGGAACUGUAGGAUUCUUUUUCAUCCCAUGUUUUCAGACUACAGCUGUGCUGAGAUACUGGAAUAUAAAAUUGCAGAUCAGGAGACUGAUGGAUAUAUUGUGUAAGAGGUUCUCAGGGGUAGAACCCUCAGCAUACAUGUGCUAGGGACUGGGAGAGUAGGAACAGGAGUGCCUCAAGUUAUCAGUGAGUGACAGUGAUUUAAAUACAAAAAGCUCUGAGGCAGGAGGCUGUCCCUUCUGUGCUGCUCUUCUCUACUGAGGCCUGUCACAUACUGUUAUUAGUCUCCUUGAACACGUCUCUGGGGUCCUUACUUUCCUGAAUUAAAGUGUUCACACUUCACUGAACUGUGAUUGUAAGCAUCCUUUGCCCACAGUAAGAAAGCAUGUAUAAAAAUAAAUAAAAAUACAAGUUGGACCACAUGGUUUUUUGUUCAAGUGUACAGAUCUCCUAGGAUUACUACAGUUGCAGCAUUUGUUUUCCUUUACUGAUGAGGUGAGGCUUUAUUCAGGCAAAAUUAUACCAUUCCCACAGCACCCAGUUUAUGAAAACGGAAAGCACCGUUUAUGACAUUAUCCAAAAAAGUAGUGUGUUAUUUCAAUUUGCAUUGUUUUAGAUAAGUAGAAACAAGAUUGAACUGUAAGAUGCAAAGACUUGGUACCUGAAUAUCUGUGUACUGUCACUCCACUCAAGUGGAGUACCUAACUAAACUGAGGAAGAAGGAGAGACCAAAUACCAUCAUUUCCAAAUAUUAGCCAAUAUCUAAUAAAUGAUAAAGGAAAAUUGAGGCUGAAUAUUGUCUCUCAUCUGUAACAUCUUGUGCAGCUGAAUUAGACUUCCUCAGGUGCCAUGUACUGUUAGCAUGCUUCCUCCUGUGACACUGUCCUUUGUUCUUGGGGACACAAAAAUAGGACUUUCACCCUCUCUCCUCUGGUACUGUACUUCAGCCCAAAUCCUGACUCCUCCCUCUCUCCAUCCCCACCUCUGCCUAUGUUUCUUACUGGCAAUCUGAAUUCUGCUCAUUUACCUAUGAGGAAGAUUGCAGACCGACAAGGAAACAGCUUUCAGAUACUUCCUGUGAGCACACCAAGUCAGUGCCUACUGUGCCGUCCGGAAGCUCCUCUGUGGGAAUAAAUGGUAAUGAGUUGUCCAGCACGCUAGAGUGUGUGUGUACCCUAGCACACGUUUCCCUUCCCUGCCCCCUUUCUUCCUUUUCCCAAGCCCCUCUCUCUGCUUCUCCUCCUACUCCUUUAGCCCCUCCCUCUGUGCCUUAGUUCUGCAGUAGGCUGGCUUUACGAACAUUCCUGCAUUGCAAGGCUUUCGGUUAAGGAUGAAUUGUGGCUUUUGUUUGGAUUACAGCAUGCAGAAUCACAGCUGUUCAGAGGAGACUCAUUACAACUCCUGCUGAAGCUACUAAUCUUCCUCCCUCUGCCCCUCCCCCACCCACACUUGGCCUGAAGACACUGUCCCCAGUUUGCCUUACUCCCUUGCUAUGUGUAUGGUGAACCUGGCAGUAUGGCUGCAUCUGGGACUGGCCAGACAACUGCUGUUGGCUUUCCCUAUUCCAGGAAGAAUUUAAAGGGAAAUUGUACAGCAGGCAGUAUACCCACCACAGCAGCAACCCCAGGAACGUGGUGACUAGGGCUCCCUGGCUUUGUCACAGGCAUGCAAAGCUGACUGCCAUAACAGUAGCUGCUCCUGAGAACUGAGACAGCAGCCAGGUGGCAGCAUGAAGUGAGAGCCAGUUCCUGAGCACGAGAUGAACUCCACCUGGGAUGGUAAUCAGAGCAGCCAUCCUUUCUGUCUUCUGGCACUGGGCUACUUGGAAACUGUCAGGUUCUGUCUUUUGGAAGUGCUGAUUAUUGUCUUUCUAACUGUAUUGAUUAUUUCUGGCAACAUCAUUGUGAUUUUUGUGUUUCACUGUGCACCUCUGUUGAACCAUCAUUCUACAAGUUAUUUUAUCCAGACAAUGGCAUAUGCUGACCUCUUGGUUGGGGUAAGCUGCCUGGUCCCUUCCUUAUCACUCCUCUCCUACCCUCUUCCAAUUGAGGAGGCCAUGACUUGCCAAGUAUUUGGUUUUGUAGUGUCAGUUCUGAAGAGCAUCUCUAUGGCUUCUCUGGCCUGUAUCAGCAUUGAUAGAUACAUUGCCAUCACUAAGCCUUUAACCUAUAAUACCCUGGUUACUCCCUGGAGACUACGCCUCUGUAUUUUUCUGAUUUGGCUGUAUUCCACCCUGGUCUUCCUGCCUUCCUUCUUCCACUGGGGUAAACCCGGAUAUCAUGGAGAUGUAUUUCAGUGGUGUGCAGAAUCCUGGCACACCAACUCCUACUUCACAUUGUUCAUCGUGAUGAUGCUGUAUGCCCCAGCUGCCCUCAUUGUCUGCUUCACGUAUUUCAACAUCUUCCGCAUCUGCCAGCAACACACAAAAGAAAUCAGCGAAAGGCAAGCCCGAUUCAGCAGCCAGAAUGGGGAGACUGGGGAAGCCCAGACCUGUCCAGAUAAGCGCUAUGCCAUGGUCCUAUUCAGAAUCACCAGUGUGUUUUAUGUCCUCUGGUUGCCAUACAUCAUCUACUUCUUGCUGGAGAGUUCUACUGGCUGCAGCAGCCGCCUUGCAUCCUUCCUGACUACCUGGCUUGCUAUUAGUAACAGUUUCUGCAACUGUAUCAUUUACAGUCUCUCCAACAGUGUUUUCCAGCGAGGACUAAAGGGCCUUUCAGGGUCUGUGUGUACUUCUUGUGCAAGUCACACCACAGCCAAGGACCCUUACACAGUUAGGGGCAAAGGACCCCCUAAUGGAUCUCAUAUCUGAGGGGGGCUCAUAUAUUCAGUCGCUCUAUUUUCAAGGAGAAAGGAUGGCUUUGGUUCAGUUUUUUUCUCUCCAUCUCUGCUUCCAGUUCGCUAGAGAAUUAAGAGCAGCUACAGACUAUCCAGAUAACCUUCAUAGUUUGCAGAAUUUCCUUCCUAAAUGAGAUUUAAAAUUAGAAGAAUCAGGAUCAUGAAAAGAAUCACUCUUGAUCCAGUUUUUGAAAUGUCAUGGAAGUGACUACAGUUCUCAGAUUCAAAAGGAGUAAAGCCAUAGUUGACACCUCUCCCCACUGGCGUGGCUGAAUCUGGGUGUGAAAAGCAUCAGCAUGUUAAAAAUAACCAUUUUCUUGUCCCUUUCUGGAUUCUUAAAUGCAAGUUGGAAUUUAUGUGCAAUUGGUAUCUUCUAACAGAAAAUAUUAACAUAUAUUGAUGAACUAGCAAGGAUUUUCUUUAUUUGUGCCAAAAUAUAACUGUACUGCAAGUUUAAGCAUUCAUUUGGAUAGUGAAAUGUUUUCUUUUCUUGCCUUUUGAGAGCAAUCUCCAUAGGAUGAGUAAUGUGAGCACUGAAUAUUAAUUUAUAGAGUUUUGAAAUGAAGCAACUGUGCAGUGAAGCCACACAGUGUGUGAGAGCCAGCUGCUUUCACCUCAUGCUUCUGAGCAUUGUGAGCAUGUGUGCAGUAAUGACAUUACAGUGCUCUUUCUGGGCCUCUGUCUGUAAAUAUUGAGAAUGUGUACACUGAGUUGGAUUUUUUAUAACAAAAUAUAUUUAAAUAAAUAAUAGAUGGACAGCUUUCUAGUUGUAAUGUGAAAAUAUGUUUUUUAAAGUGACUGUAGUGUUUUCUGUUCUAAUCCAAAGUCUUCAAUGAGAACUGAGUCCACUGACGCAAUCAGCCCAGGGUCAACGUAAACUGUCUGUCUUCUAAAUAGUCAGCUAGCAUCACAGUUUUGGAAAACAUUUUUUGGACCCUAUUAAGGAGGCCUCCUGGAAGGGGAGCAGGGGACUCUGGUUGGGCCAAGUCUCCUUCAUGCUAUCCUAUUUUUGGAAAAAAAUCCUUUGAGAUACAUUUCUUGCCUCACUUGUCUGGUUUUGUUUUUCCAGAGCAUUAACAAAUGUAUAGGAUUUUAUUGUUUAGAACUCAGAUAUUCUGUGUUUAUAAGUAGAGUUAACCUUUUAAAAGUGUCUUGAAAGCAAGAGAAUUGUUUGUCUAAUAGGAGAGAAGGUGUUUGUCAGUUAGUGUCAGAAUCCCCUCUACUGCAUGCUAGUUUUCAUUUUUAUUGUCAGAAAAAUUAAUUGGCCUCUGCCUUUGGCUAGAGGUUGUAGUGUGCAUACAACAGUUAUAUUUGGUGAAGUGGACAAUGGAGGAAACCCAAAAAAAGGACACAGAUACUUUAUAACAUAGGCAGCUAUGCCUCCUCGCCUUUUCACCCUGAUGUUAAAAGACUGUUCUUUUAAAAAAGAAGACAUGUUUCUUUCCUUACACAUACACACCAUUCUGGUAUUGCACCCUUGCAAACAAGGCAAAUAAUUUUUACUUGUAUAUCCAUAGCAGAGUUUAUUUGUUCUGUUUGCUGUGUUUUCUGACUUUCCUAAAACUCACUAUCUAGACCAGACUGGCCUGAACUCACAAAAAUCCACCUGUCUCUGCUGGGAUUAAAGAUCCACCCUACCCUACUUCCAGCCAAUUUGGAUUUUAUGUUUUAACCUCAUAUGUGUUCUGUUUUAAGUUUUUUAAAUGACUGAGAAUUAUAAAACCGUUAAAAUUUCAGAUUCCAAGUUAUAUUGGCAGGUGGGUCUCUGAGUUCAAGAUCAGCUGCU